AUGGAAGACGAAGAACGACACGUACAGUCAAUGCCACACCAACAUCUAGACCGAGAUCCGUCGCGCUUGACAACGUUCCCAAUGCCCGGAUUCUUGGCCUCUACAUUCCAGGCAUCGAAUGAUGAUGCGGAGAAUGGGGACGAUGCUCAAACUGUUGCUGCGUCUCCAGUCAAGAUACGUCCUCCUCCUAUGUCAACUGGCAAUCAGUAUUGGAUGCCGGACCACCUCUGCAAGGUAUGCUAUGACUGCUCUGCAGCAUUCUCUCUCUUCCGACGUCGUCACCAUUGCCGACUGUGCGGGCAAAUCUUUUGUCACGAGUGCAGCAACCACUUUAUUGAUGGUACACCUCACAGGUUUCCAGGUAUCGUUCGAGUGUGUAAGUUCUGCUUCCAAUUUGCAGACGCAGCUGGUGGGAAGAAGAAGAUAGAUGAAAGCGAACAAAGACUUAACUCGAGCGAAAGUUUGGAUGGAAAUGAGACGUCGAGAAAGUCUUUGUCUGGUCGGUUUGACCGUUUGUCACGCCGGUUGAGUGGGGAAGUUGGCUCUACAAAGCCAUCGCCCCUUAUAUUUGGUCCAUCGGCUGAUCCGAUCGAGGAACCGAUGUUGUCAUUGUCACCUAUCGACUCGAACACAAGUGAUGUUACAGGCUUGGAUCAACUGACGGACGUAGCAUGCCUUACAACCGAGCCUAUCGAUUUAUGUGAGGAAUCUGAUAGCGUCGAUACUCGCCGGAAUUUCCGCCCACAAGUACGAACUAGAAUACGACAUUCUAGCGCAGAAUUGCUGGGUGCAAUCGAAAAUGGUAGACUGGACACAGAAGUGUUGGCUUUUCACAAUUGGGUAAAGAAUGUUUCGGCUGACAACGAGGUCUCAACUGUUUCGGAAAAGACGGCGAGGGAAAUCAAUACCCGUAACGGUAAUAACCUUUACACACAGCGAGACAUCGCGUUAGAUAAACAUAUGCAAAGGGCUCACAAGCAAAUUCGUGACGGCAUUCAGCAUUUUGCAUCAUCCGUCGCGAAUAGUUUGCCAGAGUCUGAAUUCAUUGGUCUGGAUUAUUUGGUGAAAACCUUGGAAGACAUUGCAUUUGUUGUGACGGGACAUUUGCUUUUCAGUAUGAAUUUUCGCACUAUUAGUGGUUUCAACUACGCACAUCUCGUGAAAGUGAAAAGCAUUGCAGUCGGAGCGACUGUGCAGACAAACAAGAAGGAGCCGAGCUACAGUUUCAAAUGGCUUGCUGGCACUCUACGAUCGCUCGAACGGCAUUGGGCGAAUGAGCUCAUUAGACACGUUGAUGGAGCAGGAAAAAAUUACAUGGCCAUUUUGGUAGAAAAGAUAUCGGCAUUAGAGCCCGAUGUGAUUUUUGUGGAAAAAACUGUGUCAAGGCAUGCUCAAGAGCUGUUAUGUGAACGCCGGAUAUCGAUCGUGCUUAAUGUCAAGAGUGAAUUAUUACACCGAAUUGCUCGCCAUACUGGAGCUGAGGUCUUAACAUCCGUAGAUCAUGUGGAUAAAGCGGAUCCUGCACAAGUCAUCGGCAGCUGCCGUUCAUUCACGGCACCUGCAGGUGUGUUCCUGAAAGCACCUGCGGUUCCAAGCCGUUUGCGAACGGACACUUACCUGUACUUAGACGGAUGUGAUCCGCUAAACGGUUGCACAGUGUUAAUUACUGGGCCAUCAAAGCAGACAUUACGUCUACUAAAGCAGCUGACCCGAGCCGUGCUAUCGAUGACAUAUCAAUUGCUUUUAGAGGCUCACGUUUUAUCCGAUCUUAACUUGAACAAUGAUAUGUCAUUCAGCGAAAAUGCAGCGCUUACUGAUGAGCAACGUACUACCUGGUGUACAACAUCCACUUUACGUGUUCGUGAUCCUGGAUCUCCGAACCCUCAUUACCAUCAAUGCGUCGAAGCCAAGCAUCUUCGCAUUACAGCCUGCUCGGAUGACGAUGUAUCGUUUGGCAACUUUCUUAACCAAGAAUUGGCAGCCCUCUCCCUAAAAUGUCAAAGUGUCAAAUGCAACUAUUUAAUGGCAGAUCACGUUCAUUCGUUUAGUUGCCGGAUGGGAACGAUAACAAUUUCAUUCGAAGAACUGCCGGACCAAAACAAACAGCCGUUAUCGUUGUCAGUAAGUAAUGUGAGCGACGUUGGGGGCACGGAUAAAUCGUUCUGCUCGAUGAGCGAGCUCUCACUAUCAAUGCGUUCCGAAAGAAACACCAACAUGCGUGCGAUAAUGACGCCAGAAUCCGUUCUUCAUACAUCCGGGAAUGAUGACGAAACUGUGAUAUCGGUGGAGAACGGAUAUCCUACAGUGAUAUUUUGGCGAUGGUGUCGUGGAUGUAAUGGUGUGAUUACACCUUUUAUGCCGUUGGAAAAGUACAUUUACAAGUACUCGUUUGCCAGAUUCUUGGAAGUCCUCUUUUCGGAAGCAGAACGAUCUGUGCUACCGAAUUCAUCAAGCACAACGUGUACGCACGUCUCGAUGGAGUCACACGUGCUUUUCUUGAAUAUUGGUAAGUCCGUGGCACGCUUUGAUUUCUCAAAGCAGGUCUCGCUUCGUCUUAGCCAUUCAGAGUUGAAGCGCAGCAAUGACCAUCGUCAGUUAUGUAUCAAAAUGGAGCAGGCGGUUUUGAAGAAGGAAGUUACGGCUCGUCUUGAAAUCUUAAAAGGGCUCCUGAGGUCACUUAUUAGUACUUUUACGGAGAAAGUCCAGGGAAUCAAUCAGGCAGUGGAAGCUUUUGAACGUACGGAUAAGGGUUACCACGCUCGUAUCAUCCUUGAAGUCAUGUGCAUUUCUAAAAUGGUAAAAAGCGGUGACGCCAUUUUUUCCCACCAAAUGGCGCGAAUUGGUGAGAAAACAGUGGACAGUUUGGAACUUUGUGAUAUUACUCAAGCGCUGAGAAUUUGUGAUGUUACUCAGCGUGCUUUGUACUUACUAGCAUGCAAAUGGGUUGCCUGCAUGCUGCACCUUCGCAAGUUGAUUAAGAAACAUCUUUCGACGGAUACGGCUCCACCAUCUCCAAAUAGUAGCUCUUUUACUCUUCGAGGCAUUAAGUUUCAUCCUGCUAUUUCUUUGUCGCCCAUUACAUCUUCACGGGUCGUAGAAGAAUCAACCCUCGCACCAAGCAUCAUUGUGACAGAGUCCGACUGGAGUAAAGAUACUGAACAACUGCCUCGACACCGAAGUAAUGGAGCUUUGAGUUCUGAGUCUGAGUCGAGCAUGGAAAAGGUGCUGGCAUCUUCAACAACUAUUGCUAGCAUUGAAUUAUUCAAGAGACCAUCAUUACCAUUCCCUGUCGUUGUCAACAGUAAUGGAGAUGGAAAAGAGGGCCCGCGGAAUGGAUGGAAGGAAGCUUUGUGGGACCUUUACCGCGUUCUCGGACGAAGUGAACCAGGAAAUGACUUCACGAUUGACCUUCCUGAAGCACUGACUGCUGGCCACCCGAGUCUUCAUCAUCGUUCAAAAUCUCGAGUGGUCCUGGUUGACGAGGCAAAACCAAUUACAAGCGUUGCUUACGCCUUAUCGACAGAUUCGUAUGAAGAAGAGAUGGACGGAUGGAAACUACGUGUUCAUAACGAAGCAGUCGAGUCAGUUGGUUUGCAAAAGCAAAAACGGGACGAUGCAAGCGCGAUUGGAAUGCCGCUGCACUUAUCACUCCUUUCAGGCAAAUCAGCGUCAAUGUUGUCCAACACGUGCUGGGAGCUAUCAACCGUUGCGUACUUCCCGCUCCAGUUUGAGGUCUUGCGCGAACUAUUCUAUGGUAGUCUUCAGAGAUACGUGUUUUCAAUAUCUCAUGUGGCAAGCUGGGACGCAAAUGGUGGUAAAUCGGGUGCCUCGUUUUACCGAACGUUAGAUGACCGCUUUGUUGUUAAACACAUUUCAUCAACUGAAAUGCAGAGCUUCCUGGGCUGUCUUGCUGGGUACUUCAAAUAUAUGGCAAGCAUUUACUUUGACGGCCGGGCAAGCAUAUUGUCAAAGACCGUUGGACUCUACCAGACAACCACAAUCCGAAAAGAUACUGGGCAGAAGAUGGUACACUACAUCUGCGUCAUGGAAAACGUGUUCUACCAAAAGCAGCUUACACGAACCUAUGAUCUCAAAGGAAGUUCUCGGAACCGAUUUGUUGGACCACAAUCGACCUCAGAAGUUCUUCAAAAUGGCAACCGUGUUCUUCUUGAUGGUAACUUCUUAGAGUUCACCAAAGGUCAUCCUUUGGGCAUACUCGCAGAGGAUCAUCGUUUGAUACUAAAAGCGGUGAAGAAUGAUACUGCAUUUCUCUGCUCUAUCAACAUCGUGGACUACUCGAUGGUUGUGGGGCUAAGCUAUCCACAUGACGAUACUGGAGACCAGAUGGAGAGCCCGUCGGAAAUGACUGUUGGCAUCGUUGACUACCUACGUCAAUUUGAUUUAAUAAAGCGUGUGGAGAGUGUUGGCAAGUCUGUCGGUAUGAUUGCUGGACAAUCUUCUCCCACAAUCAUUGAGCCAGGUCUUUAUGGAAAACGAUUUCAAGACGCCAUACGCCGGUACUUUAUGCCCGUAACUCCAAUCUCGUCCGGCACCAAUGACGAUAUCGAAGACUAA